CCUCGAGAGAGCGGCCGAUGGCGACCAAGAAGUGCCUGCGAAACCGCCGCGAGCAGCCGCGCCGAAGCUCAGCCGCGCUGUCGCGCCGUCGCGCCGUGUCUGUGUACGCGCCGCAGAGUUACGUCGCGUUUCCGCGAUUUCCGUCCCAGCGUGUCGCGUGUCCAGCAGCGAAGGUGCGCUGCGUCUUGUUGUCUUUCCCCUCGUAACACGACGACGACGACGACGACGACGACGACAACGACGACGACGACGACGACGACAACGACGACGACGACGACGACGACGACGUCGUCGCGUCGCGAGAGCGUGCGUGCCGCGAAUCAUCGCGCCCGUGUGUCUGUGAAUGCGUGCGUGUGCCCCCCGACGGUUGGUGCGGUGCGGUAUCGCGCGUCGGUGUGUGCAUCGGCUGUGUGUGUGCGUGUUUGUGUGUGCGCGCGCGUCGUGUUGAGAAGAAGUGCCGACCAGCUCACGGUGGAGAUCGUCGCUGUGCCGAGCGAGGGAGACGGAGAUACGUAUACACACGUAGCUCGCGCCGUCGUCGCGGUCGCUAGAAUUGACACUUUGGAAGGAGCAUGGACCAACGGCACCAGCGGCAUCGGUCGUCCCGGCGUCAGUAAACACAAGCACCGACGGAUAUACAAAGUUGGGACUAACCAUGUCCACUAAGAGGCAUCGUGGGCGAAAAUCAAGUGUAGUUCAUAAAAUAACACAUGAAGGCUAUAAUAGAUAGGAUGAGCGCAUCUCGGCAAAACGAAGCGCGUUGCUUCAAUGAGAACUCUCCCAGGCCGCCAGUGCCAGGAGAGGAGACCGGGAGCUAUGUCAGCAGGAUCCGUCCACAGAGUCCCGCUCUGACACCUAGACGUUCUUCUUUCGCAACACCAACGGUUUCUGGUGGUUGCGAUGCUUCUGCACCAUUGGGAUUCGAGCCGGAGGGUUGUUGCGGAACCACUACCAUGGAGAGCGAUUCUCCCCCUGCUUAUGUACGGUGGGCAAGAAAUCUGCACUCCUUGCUAGAGGAUCCGGUGGGUUUGGAACUGUUCAAGAGGUACCUGGAUCAGGAGGGGCAUGUGGAUCCGCUCAAUUUCUGGUUCGCCUGCGAGGGCCUCAAGGAGCAGAAGGACAUGGAGAAAAUAUCCCAACUGGUCAAGCUCAUCUACCGGAGGUUUUUUCUCAAGUCUCAGCUGACCAUACCGGAGGAUGUGAUGAAGGAAGCGGAUCGGCGGGUCAAAGAAGGCCGCGCCGACCAGAAGGUGUUCGAUAUCGUGCAGCUGGAAGUGGAACGGCUGAUUAAUGAAACGACGUAUCCCAACUUCCUGCAGUCCGACGUGUACCUGCAGUACGUUCAGUCCUGCCAGAAUCCCGACUCUGGCGGUUGCCCGAGCUCGGGCUCGAGCCGUGAGAUGUCCCUCUCGUGCGGCCCGAGUUUACUGCCUACCUUGCACGAGGACAGCGAGUUCGUCAGUUCCAUGCACAAUUCGCACUCGGCCAGCGAGACGCCCGGUGAAUUUAGGGAAUUAAGAUUGACCAAAGAUAUCCUCAUGGCCACCCAGCAGAGCAGGGCGAUGGAUGUGCGGCCGAAACCGGAGAUGUACGCCGGCAUUUACUUGCAACGUGGGGCUAGUCCAUAUCACAUGCACGUAUCCAGAUUGCACGCACAAUAUUCCUCCUACAACCCAGUAUCAAGACAGGAUUCAGAGCUUCAGAGUUUGAGCAGUGAUGCACGGACCGAGGUGGACAAUAUGUCCCUCACCGAUGGCUCCGUCGAUGGAGCGAGCAGCAGACAGAGGAGCAAAAAGCAAUACGCGAAGCAAUCUAGAACAAUUAAAGAAUCUGCGAGCGUGAAUCGCGACCCAAUGGCGCAUCAUAUCGUCCCGCGGACUCAGCGCGUACCGUCCCACCUCUCGAAGCCGAUGACGGCGGAGCAGUUCAUGCAUAAGCUGUGCGAGAAGCUGGAGAUCGUGGCGCGGGAGAGGAAGACGCAGGAGAAAUUGGACAAACACCUGCAGGAGGAUGACCUGAGCGGUAAUGACGUUCCGUUAAAGACGAUCAGUAACACCCACAAGACUCUAGGCGACGCGCUGAGGGAGAAGUUGUCGGUGGAGGAGGACAGUGACCAGGCGAUCCUCGACGAGCAUGUGUCGCGCGUCUGGUCAGACCAGACACCCUUGAGAUCUCCCAGGCUCUCGUCGCCCAGGUUACACUCGCCCGAGAGGCGACGAGGCCCCGCGCACAAUUAUCCACGGCCCUACAAGCAGAGGAAAGAGAAGGACGUGUUCUCCACCUUCUCGGUCGACAGCGGUAAUAUCCACGACUUCCAAGAAGGCAGCGACCUCGUCGGAGCUGGCUCCAUGAGUUCACUAGGCUCGCACCUGCCCAAGUCGAAAUCCGUGCCAUCCGAUUACGCCGAUUCCCUCCACAAGCAGGAUCUGUAUGUUCAAGGUCAUGAGCAGAGAUUCCGAAGGUCGGACAUGACGAGAAGAUCAGCGACGAAGAAGUCGAUGACUGAGCUGACUGACAGCGGGGUGAGCGUUGUCAGCGACGUGCCGCCUUCCAUUAGCAAGGACACUCGUCUGUUGCCGCGCUUCAAGGAAACUGACAAGAAGAUGGACUUGAAGCACAGUAGCCGCCAUGGCAAAAGGUACGGCUCGCGUAGCGGCUCCUUGGAGAGGCAGAACAGAGAAACGUGGAGCGUUGGAGUGCCUGCUCAGCCGUUCGUCGCUGACCCGGGGAUGCCGCCGUUAACGCCACCUCACACGGUCAUACAAUUGGAAGAAACGUGUAGGAGGCUAGGAGGCUACCUGGAGGAGAGUAGUCGGGCGCGCACAAGCUGCAAGCAACGGCACCUGAACGCCUCCAAGCAGACGUACGAGCCCGCGUCGCAGGGUCAGCCGUACGUGCAAUCUAAUCAGUCUACCUUGAGGAAAACGAAGCAAGACGACUUCACCACUGUUGUGUUCAGUUUCUGUGACGAGCAGUUCCCCUACAGGACCAAAAUCCCCGGUCACAACGUCACGUUGAAGCAGUUCAAGGAGUAUCUUCCCAAGAAAGGGAGCUAUCGGUACUUUUUUAAAACGGAGUGCGAAGACUUGGACACGAGAGUCAUACAAGAAGAGAUCACGGACGAUGCCGAGGUACUCCCGCUGUGGGAGGGCAAAGUGAUGGCGCAGGUUAAGGCGCUCGAGUAAAAUAGACUGGAUUCAAACAGAGGGGGAAAGACAGACGACCGAGCGGGGAAUGCGCGAGAAUUUUGACCAAGUGCCGCAAUAAAUAUUUAAGAAAUCCGGCGUGCGACAAGAGGAAGAGAAGUGCGCUCGGUAUUUAUAUGUAUACACACACACACACACACACACACGUACGCACACGCAUACACACGUACAUACAAUGAUUCAGACACACAUAAACGCUUGUGACGCGGCCUCUUUUUCUCGUAAUCGCCUAAGAGAUUAGUUUUAAUUGAUCGAUGAAAAACGAAAUAUCGAGUCCGAGCUAUUGCUCGCGCUCGGAAACGCGCGGAUAAGCGAGAAUAAAAAGCAAGUAACGAACGGCCUCUCUCGCCACACUCCCUCGGAUGGCGACUCUCCUCGCGCUUCUCAUUUUCCCAUCUACUCCUCCAGAGCUCACUUUUGCACUCGUCAAAACGAAGAAGCGUUCCUUCUUUUUUUCUUUCCCCCUUUUUUCUGUUUUUCUUUUUUCUCCUUCCGAGUUGCUCUAACAAACUUUGCGAAUCGCUACAGCGUUUUAUUGUACAUACAACUAGUAUGUAGCGAUCUUCGGCGACAGACAACGUUACUCACAUACACACACAUGCAUACACACAUUUCGAGCACAGCACAGCAGCCCUUACGAACUACGAAGCUGUCACAGUUUUGUGGUACUGGUAACACACUUCCACGGGGGCAGGGAGGGGAGGGGCAGAACGGGGCGAGAACGGCAACGACGUACCCGAGCAUCGUGACCGACUAACAAUUUUCUUCCUCUCGACGACUUCCCAUAGUUCUCCAAACGACUGUACAAAAGUCCGCGUAGUUGAUGAUCGCCUUAGUAAGGUUCGCGUAGGCGCUAUAUAGACUUACGUAGGAAAGGAUAUUAUUACAAAUUAGCGUCUAAGGGAGCAUAUAUUACGUGUAUUUUACGGUGGACGAGUGUUGUUCAAUAUACGUAAUAUAUCUUGUGUAUACGGGACAUGCGCGACGUCUCGAGUGACGUGCUCUGAGAGAAAACGAGAAUUGCGAAUCACAUUUCUUUUUGUUGUGCCACUGUUCACCGUCAUCGCGCGUCGUCGUAGUCGUCAUCGUCAUCGUCGUUACUUGACAUUGUGAAACAUAAAUCGCUCGCUGAAACGCGCGGCCGGCCACGAGUGCCGUGUGCGCGCGAGUGCGGUGUAAAAAAGCAAAAGGAAAAAGGCGAAGGAAAACAAAAUGCGGUUCUUACCACUUUGUCAACAACGCGCAAUUGGCAGGGCAUCGAGCCGGCGAACGCUUCGGUGGAGAGGGAGAUAAAAAAAAA